AUGGCCGACUAUCACACUUCAUCAAGCGACUCGGAUGCCGAAGAUCUUCUUUCUGUACUUAUUCUACUUGAUAUUGCUGAGGAAGAGGAGCAAUGUGUUAGUAGAAAUCCUAUCCGGACUUCAUCAUUACGUGGUCGUGAGUAUGUAUUUGAACUCCUAAAUGGAUCAUCUACUGUGUGCUUCGAACUAUUUCGAUUGAAUAAGGUUUCUUUCAUUCAAUUAUGUGAGGAGCUAAGAUCACGUAAUCUUUUGGACGACUCGAGGACUGUGUAUCUCGAAGAAAAGGUGGCCAUAUUCCUAUACAUAAUUGGGCACAAUAUUCGUCAUCGAGUUGCGAGUGAUAGAUUCCAACAUUCAACGGAGACUAUUUCACGUCAUUUUCGGAAGACUUUAAAGGCCGUAUGUAGAUACGGUAAGGAACUCAUAAAACAAGGGUCAACUGAACUACCAGACCAAUACAAGCAAAAUUCAAAAUAUUAUCCGUGGUUCGAGAGUUGCAUUGGAGCCAUUGAUGGUACACAUAUAAGUGCAUGGGCUCCCGCUGAAAAAUUAACUGCUUGUAGAGGAAGGAAAUCAAUUGUAACAUCGAAUGUCAUGUGUGCCUGUGAUUUUAAUAUGAUGUUCACAUUCGUUUAUACGGGCUGGGAAGGCACUGCAAAUGACUCAAGGGUAUUUCUAGAUGCAAUAUCAAGACCAGAGAAUCAUUUCCCACAUCCUGUUGGAAACCAAUAUUAUCUUGUUGAUUCUGGAUACCCUUGCAUUGCCGGAUAUUUACCGCCUUUUAGAGGGGGUCGAUAUCAUAUAAGUGAGUACCAUGGUCGAGGUAGAGGACCACGUACACGCAAAGAGUUGUUCAACUAUCGGCACUCGUCAAUGAGGAUGGUGAUUGAAAGAUGUUUUGGAGUUUUAAAGGCACGCUUCCCAAUAUUGAAAUUGAUGCCCCCCUACCCGCCAACUCGACAAAGACUUAUAGUAGUUGCUUGCUGUGCAAUUCAUAAUUUCCUUCGUCAACGAACACAACAAGAUCAUUUGUUUAAUACAUGGGAAAAUAUGGAUCCUUCAUAUAUGCAACCGUCAACUUCAACAGGGGCAAGCUCAAGCGGUGCAAGCUCGAGCAACAAUAUUGCGAAUGAUCAAGGAGCUGCUAUCAUGUCCCAAUAUCGUGAACACAUAUCUAAUAUGAUGUGGAUCGAUCAUUGUAAUACAUCAAAUGAUGAAUAA